AGUUUGGGUAUUAAAGGGGAAAAUUUGUUGAUGGUCACUCAUCUCCGUUGACGCGUCACACCUCCUUAUUUUACGAGCCUCUCUUUCUACCUCUCCUCUCCCUCCCUCACUUUUAGAUCGAUCGAUCGCUCUCCACAAACCUUCUCUCUCAGCCUCAGGGAUCCUCAUCAGAUAAAAGAUGGGGCUUACAUUCACCAAACUCUUCAGCCGGUUGUUUGCCAAGAAAGAGAUGCGUAUAUUGAUGGUGGGUCUCGAUGCAGCUGGUAAGACCACCAUUUUGUACAAGCUCAAGCUUGGCGAGAUUGUCACAACAAUCCCUACCAUUGGAUUUAAUGUGGAGACUGUUGAGUACAAAAACAUAAGCUUCACAGUUUGGGAUGUGGGGGGUCAAGACAAGAUUCGUCCACUAUGGAGGCACUAUUUCCAGAACACACAGGGUCUUAUCUUUGUGGUUGACAGCAAUGACAGGGAUAGAGUUGUUGAGGCAAGAGAUGAGUUGCACAGGAUGUUGAAUGAAGAUGAGCUAAGAGAUGCAGUUCUCCUUGUAUUUGCUAACAAACAAGAUCUGCCAAAUGCAAUGAAUGCUGCUGAAAUCACUGAUAAGCUUGGCCUCCACUCCCUCCGACAACGCCACUGGUACAUCCAGAGCACCUGUGCUACUUCUGGGGAAGGACUUUAUGAGGGUUUGGACUGGCUCUCCAACAACAUUGCUAACAAGGCAUGAUCUGAGGAGGUGAUUGUAUUUUGAGGAGGCAGGCAAGUUUUGCUUUUUGUAUGGUCAGUCACUUUGGUGUUCUCGUUCUUCUGUCUGUGAUGUAGAGGUUCGAGAGGUUAUGAAACAUUAUGUUAAAAAAGGCUUUUUUUUAUUAUUAUUAUUUUUUUGCAUUUAAAUAUAGGACAGUUAUGGAACAUGUAUGAUACGAUGUUUGAUUGGAUUGCUGCAAGUAUUUUAAAGGUAUUAUAUGUAUGUCUGUUUUUUUGUCU